GUUUACAGGCUCCAUCAUUAUGGGUCUGCAUACUGAAACUGGCACCUGCAGCUUAUUUCUGUGGAUGCAGGAAAGAGUUUGGAAAUCUUUCCCAGAGCAUUUUUGUUCCUUAAGACACAGGUGGUGUCAUGGAUUAAUCUCAUGGUUCACAGAACCAGUACUUGAAAAAAGUAUUGCUCCUGGAAUUUUCUCCUUUUUUCUGGAAUAAGCUUGGACUUCUCUAGGUCCUGGUCCUGUGAGAUGCUGCUUGCUGUGACACACAGUUAAGAGUUUUUGGAACUAUGUCCUUCUUGGAGCACAAAUACUGCAUUGGCUGAGUACAAAUUGUGGGUUUGUGGUGUGUUUCCUUGUCUGUGGUCCCACAGAAAGGGACUGAGUGUGUGGAUUGCUUUAAAUAAGGGUGAGGUGCUGGUUCAGGCCUCUGCAUAGCAACAGAUAAGCUCUGGGCUGGCUUAUCUUCUCACAGAGAAUUUACAUUUGCUUUUCUUUGUCUCCUUUCCGACUUCUUUCAGCCUCAGCUUGUUUAUUCCCAUAAGUCAUGUUCCCAUCCUUGACUCUGCCCUUCUCUCUUGCAUUACUCACUUGGCUUCCUCUCUGCCUUCCCUCUUUGCCAGCUCCCUCCUUCGCCCUCCGAUCACCGAGCUGCUGCCACCAUGUCUGAAUCCUCCCCCAAACCAUCUCCCCUCUGCUCCCCUCUGACAGGCACCUCCUUAAUGUCAGCAGCCGACUCUCAGCUAAUUAUCUGCCUUGCUGAUUAGCAGUUUGUGCAGGCAGAGCUGGCUGGGGCUUUUUGUUAAGGCACUGAGCAAAUGCCAUUUCACACUGCUGGUACUGGAAGCUGUCUUGCUGCUUUCCUGCUUGUAGCCCUGUGGACUCUCCAUAGCCAGGUGCUCAGGUGGAUGAGUGGAAUUGUGGCUUGUAAGUCCAUUGGGAUCCAUGCUGCUUGUUGCCGUGUUCAUCCCUCUUAGCUUCCUCGUGGAAGAGCAGAAGAGAUGCACAUCUGAUCCCUGCUACAUUGCUCAGUUCAUCUCCUGGUUCUGUUUGUGACCCUUGAGAGAAGGAAAAGCAAAGCUGGAGGAUGAUUUUUCAUUAUGGCACUUUUUGCAUUUGCAGUGUCAGAAUGGAAGGAUUGGUGGUGGCAGCUCUGGGCUGUGAAACCUGGAGGAGCUCCCUCCUGGACUCAGGGAGAACCAUUCGUUUUCUUAUCUGGAGCUGACAAAAAAAAUUAAAUUGGAAGCUGCUUUCAUAAGACCUGAAUGGUGCAUUCCUUCUCUCCUGGAAAACAUCCAGCACAUUUGGGGAUAUAAAAGAAAAGUCACAGGCAAAAGAGCAAAGGAGAACUCGUUGGUUUGUGUGAGCUUAAUAUGUGAAUGGUGCAAGAAGUGAACAACAUUGUUUGAAUUUCAGGGCAUCUGAAUGGUUUGCUGAUCUGGGUGCACAGCAGACUGUAUAUUGUGCUGUCAAAUUAUUUUGAGUUUUUCUCACUCAUGGUUGGGUGAGGUGCAAAGAGAGGAAGCUGGAGGGUGCUGUGCAUUGCUCCGGUACACAUUGCAAGAAAUGGCUGAUAUAUCAAAGGUAUAUCUAAGUAUCUAAGGUGUAAAGACUCAACGAGCCUGAAAUUGCUGGAGUCUCUGGUAGAAAUUCUCUGUUGCAGCGUUGAGUGAGUUUUUGAGUCCGUGCUGCUUUUGCUUGUCUCCUUGUCUUACCGUGUCCUCUGUCCUGUUGUGUCCCAGGGUCUGAGCACCACAGGGAUGAGGAAACCUCGGAGGAGGUGCCGGCAGCACUUGGAGGGGAGGCGUUCUCCCUCGCCCUACAGCCUCAAGUGCUCCCCCAGCCGGGAGACGCUGACCUACGCCCAGGCACAGCGCAUUGUGGAGGUGGACAUCGACGGGCGGCUCCAUCGCAUCAGCAUCUACGACCCCCUGAAGCUCAUCACCGAGGACGAGCUGACAGCCCAGGACAUCACCGAGUGCAACAGCAACAAGGAGAACAGCGAGCAGCCCCUCUUCACUUCCAAAUCGAAGAAGACACCUUCCAAAGGCAAAAAGAAGGACUCCUGUUCCAAACAUGCGCCGGGGAUGUCUUUGCACUUGCCCCAGCCCAAGUUCCGUGUGCUGGACUCCUUCAGCCAGCCAGAUGCCCCUCCCCUCCCUGCUGCCUACUACCGGUACAUUGAGAAGCCUCCCGAGGACCUCGACGGAGAAGUGGAGUAUGACAUGGAUGAGGAGGAUCUGGCAUGGCUGGAGAUGGUCAACGAGAAGAGAAGGGCUGAUGGUUAUGGGACAGUUUCUGCUGACACUUUUGAGCUGCUGGUGGAUCGGUUGGAAAAGGAGUCAUACCUUGAGAGCCGGAACAACGGGGCUCAGCAGUCCCUCAUUGAUGAGGAUGCCUUCUGCUGUGUCUGCAUGGACGAUGAGUGUCACAACAGCAAUGUCAUCCUGUUCUGUGACAUUUGCAAUCUGGCCGUGCACCAGGAGUGUUAUGGUGUGCCCUACAUCCCCGAGGGGCAGUGGCUUUGCCGCUGCUGUUUACAGUCCCCUUCUCGCCCUGUGGAUUGUGUCCUUUGCCCGAACAAAGGGGGAGCCUUCAAGCAGACCAGUGAUGGCCGCUGGGCUCACGUGGUCUGUGCCAUCUGGAUCCCUGAGGUCUGCUUUGCAAACACUGUGUUCCUGGAGCCCAUCGAAGGGAUCAAUAACAUCCCUCCAGCUCGCUGGAAGCUCACAUGCUGUAUCUGCAAGCAGAAGGGCAUGGGAGCUGCUAUCCAAUGCCACAAGGUGAACUGUUACACUGCCUUCCACGUCACCUGUGCACAGAGAGCCGGUCUCUUCAUGAAGAUUGAGCCCAUGAGGGAGACCAGCAUCAACGGCACGACGUUCACCGUGCGCAAGACUGCCUACUGUGAGAGCCACUCCCCGCCUGGCACGGUGAGAAGAGGCUCUCCAGCUGCUGGUGGUGAUGGGCACGAGGUCACUGUGAAGGAGGAGGAAGAGGAGGAAGCCAAUUCUGGCCCUCCCAAAGGGUCUGUGAAGAAGAACCAAGUGAAAUUGAAGCAAAAGAUCAAAAAGGAGCCUGGUGACGUGACCAAAGGGCGUUCGUCCAUGCCCGUGGUGACUGUUGCACAAAUUCCCUCUUACAGGCUGAACAAGAUGUGCAGUGGGCUGUCCCUGCAGAGGAAGAACCAGUUCAUGCAGAGGCUGCACAACUACUGGCUGCUGAAGCGGCAGGCGAGGAACGGGGUGCCCCUGAUCCGGCGGCUGCACUCGCACCUGCAGUCGCAGAGGAACGGCGAGCAGAAGGAGCAGGAUGAGAAGACGAGUGCAGUGAAGGAGGAGCUCAAGUACUGGCAGAAGCUCCGGCAUGACUUGGAGCGGGCUCGGCUGCUCAUCGAGCUCAUCCGAAAGAGGGAAAAGCUCAAACGGGAGCAGGUGAAGGUGCAGCAGGCUGCCAUGGAGCUGCAGCUGACCCCUUUCAAUGUUCUGCUCCGUACAACCCUGGACCUGCUGCAGGAGAAGGAUGCUGCCCAGAUCUUCACAGAGCCCGUUAACCUGAACGAGGUUCCAGAUUACCUGGAAUUCAUUUCCAACCCAAUGGAUUUUUCCACCAUGAGGCGGAAGCUGGAGUCCCACCUGUACCGAACCUUGGAUGAGUUUGAGGAAGACUUUAACCUUAUAGUUGCCAACUGCAUGAGGUAUAAUGCUAAAGACACGAUUUUCCACCGAGCAGCUGUCCGGCUCCGGGACCUCGGGGGAGCGAUUUUGCGUCACGCGCGGCGCCAGGCCGACAGCAUCGGCUUUGACACUGGCGUGGGGAUUCACCUGCCUGAGUCGCCCAAGCCCCACGACUUUUACCGCUUUUCUUGGGAGGAUGUGGAUAACAUCCUGGACCCGGAGAACCGGGCUCACCUGUCUCUGGAGGCCCAGCUGAAGGAGCUGCUGGAGAAGCUGGACACGGUGAGCACCAUGCGCUCCAGCGGCGCCCGGACGCGGCGCAUCCGGCUCCUGCGGCGCGAGAUCAACUCCAUCCGCCACAAACUGGCCCAGCAGCAGAGCAAGGCCCUGCCCAACGGGGACACUGUGCCACGGGAGGGGCUGGAGACAACAUCCAGGGAAGGGGAUGAGGAAGGGGAGAAAGAUGGUGCCAAGCUCCAUCACCCUCCAACGCUGGAGCCCACAGGACCCGCACCCACCCUCUCAGAGCUGGACUCUCUGCAGGACCCUCCAACACUCAAACCCAUCAGUGAAAGCAGGCCCCUGAACCAGCUGCAGAGGAGGAUGGUGUCGGACAGGGAGCUCUUUGACAAGAAGGCUCUGCAGCAGGAGAGCCAGGCUUUCACACGCCUGCUGUCCAACAACGGCCUCAACGGCCUGGCCCUGCCCCCUGCGGACAGCCCUGCCAGCCCCGCCCUCAGCAGCGUGGGCCGCCGGACAUCGGUCCUGUUUAAAAAAGCCAAGAACGGUGUGAAGCUGCAGAGGGGCCUGGAGUGCUCCUUGGAGAACGGGGAGGAGCACAGGCAGGGCGGGCAGCGCUCACCCUCCUGCCCCGACGGGGAGCGACAGGCGCGGAAACGGCCCCAGAGCAGGAGCUGCAGUGACAGCACUGGAGAGAAAUCACCCAGGCAGGCAGCACAGAGAGGAGUGACCAAUGGCUUUGCAAAGCAUGCAGGGAGUGGCUCUGACUCCGAGUGCAGCUCUGCCCUGGGCAGUGGGCUGGUGUUUGAAGCCUGCAGUGGUUUGGUGCCUCCCAAGCGCAGUCGAGGGAAGCCAGCUCUUUCUCGGGUGCCCUUCUUGGAGGGUGUGAAUGGAGACUCUGAUUUCAGUGGCUCAGGCAGGCCUCUGCUGAUGUCCUUUGAGAGCCAGGCUGAGCUGGAGCCCCUGGAGCUCGUGUGGGCCAAGUGCCGUGGUUACCCCUCCUACCCUGCCCUGAUUAUCGACCCCAAGAUGCCACGUGAGGGUUUGCUGCACAACGGGGUCCCCAUCCCUGUGCCCCCCAUGGAUGUCCUGAAGCUGGGGGAGCAGAGGCAGACAGAGGCAGGAGAAAAACUCUUCCUUGUCCUUUUCUUUGACAACAAGAGAACCUGGCAGUGGCUGCCACGGGACAAAGUCUUUCCCCUGGGCGUGGAUGACACCGUGGACAAGCUGAAGAUGAUGGAGGGACGCAAAACCAGCAUCCGCAAAUCGGUGCAGGUGGCCUACGACAGAGCCAUGAUCCACCUGAGCCGAGUGCAGGGGGACAACCCCUUCAUCCCCACUGCCACCUACCUGUGAGGGGCUGCUGGGCCCGGCCUCUGCUCCUGCACCCCUCCAGCUCACUGCACUGCAGAGUGCAGCGCCUCCAGCAGCCGGCAGCGCUCCUCGGAGUACCCUGAAAUGUGCCAAAAAAAAAACCAAACCCUUGUCCAGCUUCUUCCUGAAUGUGUCUCGCUGAAGAGCUGGCAGGAGAUGAAAUGUAGUCUACAGGGACUAAGGUAGGUAGGAAAAGCUGACAGGUGACAGGAGCCAAGGUGAGUUGCUGCAGUGAGCAGAGCACACAGCACUUGGAUGUCUGGACCUCAUGCACCGUCCCUGCCCCUGCCUCUCCUGGACUGCCAGGGUUUUGAGUCGUCAGCCAGUCCCAGGUAAUUCCUGGGAAUCUGGCACCCCCAGGAUUCUUUACAGAAAUCCCAACUGGGCUUUCUUGUGCCAAAUUUACCUUAACCAUCAUUGGCCUUUUCAUUUUUCUUUAAAUGACAUUGUCCUAUCACAUAAAAACUGCACAGAAUCGUAGCUGGGAGCUCUGAUUGUGAUUCUCCUGCCUACAUCCAUCGUGUUUUCAUGUUUAGAUUUCUCUCACUGCAUUUAGAAAAGCUUGAGAUUUUGGUAACCUUCCCCCCCUGCACAGUUUCAUGCACAGAUGCACAGAGCUUUAAAGAUGAAAAUCAAAUUACCUGAUCUGUGUCUAUAUGUAUGUCCUAGAAAUGGAUUUUGUUGUUUCACAUUUCAGUUCAGAUUUCUGUCACUCUGCUUGUUGCAGUUACAUUUCAUAUCAUGACUUAGCACAGUACCUAAGAAAAGGUAACUUCCUUUUUUUAAGAAGUAAUUUUGGAGGUGUCUGUUGAGCUGGAGCAGCUCUGCAGGCACUGAGGUUGAUCAGGGUUGGAGGGAGAUGCAUCUUUUGUGUUGGUUUAUGCACAUUUGGUGUAAAGCUCCUCUUCCUUUUUCCCCCCCUCUCUUUUGUGUCUCCCUGUUUUCCUCUGCCACAUUUUGGACUGAAACCAAGCACUGACCAGAGCACACGACCCCUCUGCUGUUUCACCUUCUCCCACACGUGCACAUCCUUCCCUGGUGUGUGGGUCUCCAGUGUUGUCAUCCAGGUAAACCCAGACAAUCCCUGUUGGUUUGGGUUUGCAUUGCAAAAAAAAAAAAAACAGGGACAAACUCAUGUUUGGGAACUUGGUGACUAAAUCUUUUCUAUUAGCCAAGGACUUUAUGAUUUCUCUGAUCUCUUCUGUUGUUAUCCCUCUUUGCUUUCCCAUUUUAAAGAGCCAAAGGUGCAAAGCAAGAUUGUAGAUUGAAUAUCAUCAUUUUGCUUUUUAACUCAGUAUUUUUAAAUUAUUUUUAACUUUUUCAUACUGAAGAGAAUGUGGAGUCAAAAUAAUAAUAAUUAAUGAAUAGUAGGGAGUAAUCACUGCCAUUUCUACUUGCUCUACUUUUUUAAAAUACCACUUCUUAUACAUUGGGGCAUGGAAUUGCAUUGAAGGAAUUUUAAGAUUCCUGUAACAUAGAGAUGGGGCAUAGGAGUUUGUAAAAAUAUUAAUAGUGAUAGUAAUGCCCAUGGAGUGUGACUAGGGAAGGAUGUUGUGUAUAUAGUUGUAAAAUGUUCUAAAUUAUUUAGACCUAUUGUCACCAUUCUUGAAGUCCUCAGUUGUGUUGCUGGGUCUUUUAUAUGCACACAGUGUAAUUUAUUUAAAGGAACAUACACUUUUCCAGGUGGUAGCUCAGCUGUGGACUAGUGACCUGUGUAUAUGUUUUAAGGUCUUGGGAGUUGGUAUUUUAUUUUUUUUUUCUGUUUUGUUUGGUUUUUAAAUGAUUUUAGAAUUUGGAUUGGCUGAUAUCCUGUUGUUGCUACAGAACCUAAAUGUUACUGUCAGUCUGCUGUAAAGCACAGAUUGCUCUAUUUAUUGUAGAAAGUGAGUUUAUUUGCUUUCUAGAAUUGUUUAUAUCAGAUGGUAUAAGAGAAGUAAUAAGAAAAUCUAUGCUUGUAAAGAAAAAAAAAGCUAAUUUUACCUACUAUAAUCUGACUGUCUGAGACUAUAUUUUCUCUCUGAGAAAUAAAUGUUCUAAUGUAUGGAAAAAAAAAUACCAAAACAA